GGGUACCCCGUCUACCACAACACGUUCGUGCGCCUGGCGAUCGACCGCCUCACGGAGGCCGCCACGCAAUUCACGGCCAACGAGUUCUUCACCGACCGGACCCGCAUCGGCAAGGAGAUGGAGGAGUUGCUGCGGCAGGAUUUCGAGCGGCGGCUAUACUCGACAAUCUUCUCGUUCCAGCUGAGGUCUGUGGGUCUACCCGCUGAGUUCGAGGAGGCGAUUCAGGAGACAGAGGUGAUGAAGCAGGACUUGAAGGUUGCGAUGAUGGAGCAGAACUCUACGAGGGUUGCGCUGCAGACGCAGCUGAUGCAGGCGCAGCGGCGCACCAGGGUCAUGGCCAACAGGGCCUCGGGCCAGGCUCAGAGCAUCAUGCUCGCGAACAAGGCCGACAUCUCUCAGUAUCUCAGCACGCAGGAGAAGAGCGCGGACAGUUAUUCUGGCAUCCUUUCCAGCUUGGACAGCAACGAGAAGGAGAUGCUCUCGUACAUGCAAGCCCGCGUGCUGCGCGACCACCCGGGCGACAAGACCAUGAUCGGGCUGCAGGUCCCAGGCCCGAGCGUGGAGCUGGGCGGGCCUCGCUGAGGUGGUGGCCGAGGGCGCGCGCGCGCUCGCACGCGCGCGCGUGCGCGGGUUGGGAAUCGAAGAUGAGAAAGUUGCAUACCUUGAGAUCUUGGCCUUGCAAUUUUUUACCACGGGUGAUGUUGCUGCCCUACUUUGAUCGCGUCGCCGGGACCCUGACGGAUCGAUGCGGUGCGAAAGUGCAGCAGAGAGAUGGGGCCCGUUGGGUUAUUCCCUACCUAGGCUCUGCCUAGAAGGGUUCUUACUGGCUCUGCUUAAAGGGGCCGGGCAGUGCAAAUCGCCCCGGGCGGUUCCCCCGGCAUCCGCCCCGCGGUUCCCCCAGCUACGUCCCUUUACCUUAGCUUUGCGUAUAUCAUCUUAG